CCCAGAAGCCAGCCGCCCUCCCCCCCCCCUCUCGCUCGCCAUGCCCCGCCGGUUGGAGCGGCUGGCCAACGUGGUGCUGCGGGUUCCCCCCGUGGUCCUCCUGGACCUGCUGUACCGGUGGGACGUGCGGGCCUUCGCCGACGCGGGGCGCCCCCUGGCGGACCAGCUUCAGCUGCGGGGAGCCCGCCUCUGGAGCCUCUACUACGCCGGUCACCUGCUGUGCCUGAUGGUCUUGGUGCUCCCGCUCCUCUCCCUGGUGCAACUCUACCUUCACCUGCUGGCCGUCCUGCUCCUCUACCUGUCCCACCAGGUAGCCUGGGACUACAUAGACCAUGAGGUGGAGCGUGGAUUCCAGGGCGCCAUCUAUGAGGACCCAGUGGCCUUUGGGCACUUUGCCACUGCAGUGACUGGUUGCGGUCAUCGCCCUCUGCGCUCUGCUGCUGAAGACCCGGCAGGUGGGGCUGCUCUGCGCCCCGCUCCUCCCGCUGGCCGCCCGGCUGUGCUGCCUCCCGGCCCAGGCUCUGCCCACCGUCAGCUCCUGCGGGGCGGUCGUGGCGGCCCUGCAGCUCCUCUAUGGGGCAGCCUCCUACCUCCUGGGGCUUCUCCGCACGGCUGCGGCCGGCUGCCAAGAGAUCUUCCAGGAGCCCGAGGCGCAUCGCCUGGUGAGGCUGGCCGGGUCCCUCUGGAGGCGUCUGGCUGUGCCGCUGGUCUUCUCCGCCUUCUGGUUGUCCCUGUUUGCCCUGCAGAUCCUCACCCUGGGCGCCUCCUCCUCUUCCUCUUCCUCCUCCGGCCACUUUUUAGCCCAGCAGGGCUGGAUCUUCCUCUUCCUCAGCAGCGUAGCCAAAUGCUGCAGCACCCCCUACUCGCUGGUCGGACUCACCUGCACCGUCUCCUACCUGGCCCUGGGGAUGCUCCAGCUGGCCAGGCUCUACUUAACCGGCUACGGGGCCUUCCAGGACGCCCACCCACCCACUCAACCAUCCCUUACAGGGGCGUGACGGAAGGGGUGACGCUGUUGUUGCUGGCCAUCCAGACGGGCCUCCUGGACCUUCAGCUCCUCCAGAGGACUUACCUGCUCACCGUCAUCUUCUUCAUCGUGGCCACCUCCACUCUCCAAUCGGUGACGGAAAUAGCUGAGCCGGUCGUUUUGGGUCUGGGGGCGUCGCAGAACAGGAAUUUCUGGAAGCACUUCCGUGGGGUGACCCUGUGCCUUUUUCUCCUGGUGGUCCCGGGCUUCAUGGCCUACAAGAUUGCCCACUUCUUCCAGCCAGACUUCUGGCUGGUGAUCCUCAUCUCCAGCUGCAUGUUGACUUCCCUGCAGGUGACGGGGACCCUCUUCGUCUACGGCCUCUUCAUGGCCGAACUCCUCCAGAAGACCCCCGUGGAGAAGAUGGACGAGAUCCUUUACUGUGUCCAGGCCGUCAGCCGGGUGCUGGAGUUCCUGGUGGCUCUGUGCGUGGUGACCUAUGGCGCCUGGGGGUCCAUCGUGGGGGAGUGGACGUGGCUGGGGGCCUCGGUCAUCGUCAUCCACUGCUACUUCAACGUCUGGCGGAGGGCCCGAUCCGGCUGGCAGAGCUUCUCCCUCCGCUGGGAGGCGGCCAAGAAGAUCGGCUCGCUACCCGGGGCCACCCGCGGGCAGCUGGAGGAGCACAACGACGUGUGUGCCAUCUGCUUCCAGGAAAUGACCCUCGCCGUGAUCAUGCCCUGCGGCCACUUCUUCCACAAAGGCUGCCUUCGCAAGUGGUUCUACGUGCAGGACACCUGUCCUCUCUGCCACCAGCCGGUUCAAGUCCCCGCUGCCCAGAAAGUCCAGCGAGGCGACCCUGGACCAGAAGGGACACCCCAGCCGGAGCGUGGAGAGCCCGUCAGCCACCAGAACACAGCGGAGUCCCACGAUGACAAGCCGCCGGACUCUGGGAUGUCCACUUGCCCAGAACAGCCGGGCCUUUUGCCAGCGGGGUCCGCUGGGGAAAACCCCCAUUGGGGUCAUCCCCAUCCAGGAGGGACCUCCCUCCCGGGAGAAGAAAAUGACCAGCGGCCUGCGCCGGAAAAACUCGAGGCCCGGUCUGUAGCGCAGCAGCCUUCCCAAAGUGACCUGAGAUCACCCAACAUGCCAACAGACCCUGGUCCCCCGUGGCCCUCGGCUCCUCGGGGUGCCAAGGGGCAUCGGGAGAGGCCCGUGCCAACUGCCAGCCACCCUGCAGCCCCGGGCAGCGAUGCCCAGGCGGUGGGGGGCGAGAUUUGGGAGAAACUGGACACUCUCUGUGAGCCACUGGACAGUCUCAGCCACAGCCUCCCCGCGUCGCUUCCUGACCCUCGGCCGACAUUCGCGGGCAUUUCUCCCGAGAAACCCUGCGUCCCGUAACCUCCCUUCCUCCUUCCCUUACCUUGUCAGUUGCCUUUUUUUUAUUAUUUUUUGCCCGUCUCGCUCAUUUUUCGAACCAUACAAAGGUGGUUUUGCUCCGUUCAUCUUUUUUUUUUAAGGCUCAGGAAAUCCAUUCUCCAAACACGG